AUGCUUAUCUCAGAAUUAACCUCGCUGGGCAUAUCCACGGACCUGCUGGUAGACUUAAGAGCAAUGCGAAUCCAUCACAAAGUGUACUACACAAGCCGAGAGCCUAUCGGAGCGUUUCAUCCGAUCAACAUCAUGGCUCUGUUUCAUUGGUCUCCAGAACCCAUUCAAGGGUCCCGGACGCACGGCUGGCGACAGGGCGCGCACCUGGGUCCUUGGUCGGCACCAUUCAUGUUUGCUGCAAAGGCAGUUACAUUGAAAACUGGCUUCUUCAGUAUGAAUUCGAUACCGUCGGGAUAA